AUGAAGGUCCAUAAAUUCCCAAAAUGGACAACUAUACGCGGAAACAAGAAACCCCGGUCGCAAAAACAAACGCCUCAUCCCAACCACAACUCUCUAUCUCGCAAGCCCACAUCGCUCCUCCACAACUCGUCACUUCCAGUUAGGUUUUUUAGUCUAACUCAUCAUUUUCGUUCUUCGCCUUGUUUCGUGGACAUGGAAUACCCUUCAAAACCUGUCACUGACCCGAAUACUGGUGGUAGCCUUAUCGAUGGUCGAAAUGGGAUUGAAGCGGAUCUGAUUGCUUUGACGUCUGGGGAAGGACUUAAUGAAACUGUAGAGGAUUUAUGUAGUGAUACUUCAGAGUCGAAUGUUGAAACUGAGGAUGAUGAUAGCAAUGCAGGGGAGAAAGGAGGGAACGUGAUAGUAACACCGAGAACAUACCAGCUGGAAAUGUUGGAAGAAAGUUUGAAAAGGAAUGUCAUCGUUGCGAUGGAUACAGGAAGUGGCAAGACACACGUGGCCGUCCUCCGAAUGCUAGCGGAGCUCGAGCGGAUGAAGCCCGACAAGAUGAUAUGGUUUCUUGCGCCUACCGUUGCGCUUUGUGCUCAGCACCACGAAUAUCUCCAGCUUAAUAUUCCCUCGGUUUUGAUCAAACUGCUUAUUGGUGCUGAUGGCGUGGAUCGAUGGACAGAGCAGAGACAGUGGGAUGCGAUCUUGAAGGACGUCAAAGUAGUCGUAUCUUCCUAUCAAGUUCUCUUGGAUGCCCUUACACACGGGUUCGUACGUAUGGGGCGUCUCUCGUUGAUCAUUUUUGAUGAAGCACAUAAUUGUGUAAAUAAAGCACCAGGGGCUAAGAUUAUGAAAUCUUUUUACCAUCCGUAUAAAUCGACAUCCCCACUACCUUAUAUCCUGGGCCUUUCGGCCAGCCCUGUCAUGAGAUCUAGUCCGCAAUCUUUGAGUGAUAUCGAAGAGACUUUGGAUGCCGUUUGCCGCACGCCAAAAAUACAUCAAGCAGAUCUUCGACUUCGAGUAAAGCUGCCACUGCUAUCUAUAAUCCACUACUACCCAGAGCCAAACAUCAUCAUGACGAAGACUGUAGCGAGCCUGAGAAAUGUAGUGCAAAGCCUCAACAUUUUUGAAGACCCUUACGUUUUGACACUAAAGAGAAGCGACAGCGAAAGAAGUCAACGUGAGCUGGCGAAAGUACUCAAGAGUUUCAAGACAUAUAGUCAAAUUCAAUUGAAGUCAAUUAACAAAACUAGCAACGAGAUUAUCCUUGUUGAGCUAGGCCCCUGGGCUGCAGAUUACUAUAUCUCAGCAGUGGUGACGAGAUACUUGAAGGCAAUGUCGGCAAAAGAUACUUUCACUGUUGAAGAUUUACAAGCUGCCGAGAAGCUAUAUAUUUCCAAGGCUUUGAGACAAGUCGAAAUCUCCCCUUCACUCCUCUCGGGUACAGACAAAAUUUCUAACAAGGUUGAAAAGCUACUGGAGAUAAUUGUGCAACAGAAGCCUCCCUUUUCCGCUAUCAUAUUUGUCCAAGAAAGAGCUACGGUCUCUGUGCUAGCCCAAUUAUUAUCGCAUCAUCCAUUGACAAAAGAACGUUUUAAGAUUGGAACCAUGGUUGGUACAUCCUCACACAGCAAUCGUACAGACCAAAUAGGAGAGCUUGUAGAUAUGAAGCAGCAAAAAGACACUUUGUCAAAUUUCAAGUGUGGAAAGAUUGAUAUCCUUAUAGCUACGAAUGUGCUGGAAGAGGGAAUUGAUGUUCGUGCCUGCAAUCUAGUAAUAUGCUUUAGUAAACCAGCAAACCUCAAAUCUUUCAUACAAAGACGAGGGCGAGCGAGACAACAAGAUUCCAAACUGAUUCUUCUUGACGCUUCGGGCGAUAAAGUGAUAAAAUGGCAUGAGCUUGAACGAAACAUGCGAGAGGAGUACGAAAAGGAAAUGCGAGAAUUACAGCAUAUCUACGAAAUCGAGGCAGCUGAUGAACAGUCGGAAGAUGCCAGAAUUUUGCGAAUAGAAAGCACUGGUGCUCAAUUAGAUCUUGACAGCGCUUUAGCACAUCUCUAUCAUUUCUGUGCAGUCUUGACAACAAAAGAUUUCGUUGAUCUCAGGCCCGAUUUUAUUUACUCCUCCAGUCUGGGAUCUAAAUAUGUUUGGGCAAAGGUCAUUCUGCCUGGAUCGGUUUCUCAAAGUCUGCGGAUUCAUAGAAGCCGCAGAUCGUGGUUGAGUGAGAAAUCAGCUGCAAAGGACGCAGCGUUUGAGGCCUAUUCAGCAUUAUACAAAGGAGGCUUAGUGAACGAUAACUUACUACCCUUGAUGGUGCAUGAUAAAGUCAUCGAUGAGCUGACUUCAAAGCCCGUGGAUACACGCGCAUCUCUUCUGGAGGUGAAAGAGAGAUUAAAUCCAUGGAUUGAUAUUGCUAGAGCAUGGCAAGAGGCAGAACACCAUGCUGGAAUCGUUCGCACAUCGGUUAUGAGCUUUAAUGGGAUGAAGUUGGAACUUUGUCUUCCCAUUGAGCCACCAGCAAUACCCCCGUUGAAGCUUUACUGGAAUUCUGAUACUGAGUUCUUUGUUGACUUUACAAACGAUAUCGAAAUUGGCACCAGCGAGAAUAUGUUAGCGCAGGCCUUGAAUGAUACAAAUCUAUUAUUAUCAGAUCGUGGUCGUAAAGUUCAUAUCCAGUCACGUCGAACAGUUGUGCAAUUUAUCUUGCUUCAAGAUGUGGGCUCACUCAGUUCAGAUUGUGUUCCAGUUGAUCCUAAUGGUAGUAUCAAAAAUACAGGUUUCAUCAGAGAGGUCGGCAAGCUAGAAUCGCCCUAUGUCUUUGAAAAAUGGUUGCCCAGUAAGCCACCAAUCAAUCAAGUCAAAAUUCCUUAUCCAGACUAUUCAGAUGCACCAGAAGACGUCCCACAUCUAGCUGUGGUUAAAGUAAGUCGCCGUGCAGACUUUUUGCACAAGGUACAGAAUGAAAAACCCUCAUCCUCUUCGAAACAAUUUUCCUCUGUCCUCCCUGCUUCGAGAUGUGUGCAAGAUGUUAUGUCCGCACGGUUGUCUCAGUUCGGCAUGAUGAUUCCUUCCAUCACACACCACAUUGAGGUGCAACUCGUCGUAGACCGUCUAUCUAGAACCAUUCUCAGGGAUCUCAAGAUUAGCGACCGGAGUCUUAUCCAGACCGCUCUCACACAUGCUGGUUACUCAUCAGACUCGAAUUACCAACGUCUCGAAUUUCUAGGCGACUCGAUUCUCAAACUGUGUACGUCGAUACAAUUGGUGGCAGCGCAUCCAGAUUGGCACGAAGGAUAUUUGUCGGCUAAGAAAGAUCGUAUCGUGUCCAAUUCACGCUCAUCAAGAGCGGCGGCUGAACUCGGUCUGGAUGAGUACAUAAUGACCAAGAAAUUCACCGGUGCAAAAUGGCGUCCAUUGUAUGUCGAAGAUCUGGUCGUCACAGAACCAAAAACCAGAGAAAUGUCCUCUAAAAUCCUUUCCGAUGUUGUGGAAGCACUAAUCGGCGCAUGCAUGGUUGAUGGCGGCAUUCCCAAAGCCCUCAAAUCUCUGCAACUAUUCUUCCCCGAACUCGACUGGCUCCCUCUAGAAACCCGACAAAUGUCACUCUACCAACAAGCUCCCGAUAAUCUCCACCUCCCUAUCACUCUCCGCCCCGUCGAACACAUCCUCGGCUACACCUUCACCAAAAAAUCUGUCCUCGUCGAAGCCAUGACGCACCCCUCCUACACCGGCGGCACGCAAUCUCUCGAGCGCCUCGAAUUCCUUGGCGAUUCUAUCCUCGACAACAUCAUCGUUACAGCCAUGUGGUCGCACCCCACUCCCCUCUCCCACUUCCACAUGCAUCUCCUGCGCUCGGCGCUCGUCAACGCGGACUUCCUCGCCUUUCUCUGCAUGGAAAUGAGUAUCCACCAAAACGUCACCCAUCUCACCGAAGAAAGCAAUCACCGCAUCCACGAAUCACGCUCGCGACGGCGCGUCUCCCUCGUGAAUUUCCUCCGUCAUUCAAGCGUGUCUUUUUCUAUCUAUCAAAAAGACGCUCUGGCGCGCCAUGCGGAGCUGCGCGAACAGAUUCUCGAGGUGAUAUAUACCGGGGAUAGAUUCCCCUGGGCCCUAUUAUCGCGACUGGAUGCGCGGAAAUUCUUCUCCGAUAUGAUUGAGAGUUUGCUGGGGGCGGUGUGGAUUGAUAGCGGCUCGAUGGAAGUGUGUACGCAGUUAUUGGAAAGAAUGGGAGUUCUUAAAUACAUGCGACGGAUCUUGAAAGAAGGAGUGCGGAUUAUGCAUCCGAAGGAGGAGUUGGGUAUAGUUGCCGAUUCUGAAAAUGUCAAGUAUGUUCUGCGGCGUGAGAAGAUGGGUGGAGAUGCUACGAAUGCGGAUGAUGGUGCAGAUGGAGAGGUGCGCGCGGAGUAUCGAUGUACGGUAUUCGUGGGCGGGGAGGAGAUUGUAGAAGUGGGGGGUGGAGUGAGGAAAGAGGAGAUUCAGGCGAGGGCUGCGGAGGAGGCGGUGCGGAUUUUGAAGGCGAGGGGUCAUGGAAGGGGGAAUGCGGGGGAGGGGAAAAAGAGAAAGUAG